UUCAUAUAAAAGCUUCUUUUGUUCAUCUUAACAACCCACAUUUCUUUUUUCAUCAUUUGCUGAUCGGACGAUAUCCAAAUGGGCCAGACGUUGAUGAAAUUAGCUCCAGGAAGUGAGGAAAAUAAAGAGAAGGAGAUAGGUUCCAAAAUAGAAGAAUGUUAUGACAAGUAUUUUGCAGACAAUACAAAGGAUUUGAACUUAGCUGACUUCUACCAAGCAGUUUGCCAAACCGUAGAAGACAUCAAUAAAAAGCUAAAUAGCACACAGUUCCGUAUGCCUGAUGCUGAGAAGCUCAAGGAAGUGUACCAGACUCACUUCAAAGAUGAAGGGAAAAAACUGUCAAAGGACGAGUUCCAAAAAAUCCUUCAAGAAAUAAUAAUCCACACAGGUUUUACAGGUUUUGGAUCAAAAGAUAUACUUAUCUACCUGUAUGGGAUUCCUGCAGCUGCCUUGUUCAUCAAGCAACGUAUAGCACCUAAAGCCAUCCCUAAUGAUGUAUUCAUUCCUGGAAUAACUUCUGCCAGUGUUUUCCUUCUUGCCAAGCUAAAUAAAAUAUGAUCAUGUGUCCCUCUUGCCUUCAUUAAUUCCAAUUGUUCUUUUCUUUUUCUUAUUUGUAAAAACUUGCAUUAUUAUUAUUAUAUUUUAAAUUCUUUUAGUGCUCA